AUGACGUGCACCGUAACCGAAACUGAGACUUGCUCGGACUUCGGUUCUAAUCCCUGUGAGAAGGAGCCUUCUCCCUCCACGACCACGGAGAAGACGGAGGAUAAGGACCGCAUGCCUCCCACUGCCUCCUUGGUGAUAAUCCACUACUUUCUGGUGCUUGCCACCGUCAACUGUGUGAUUGCCAUCCCGACGGCCAACGACUACGCAGAAAGGUUGGGUGCCGGUCGGCUCUUUGCGGGCAUCAUGCUUGGUGCGAUGCCCAUCCUUAGCAUCGCCGGCAACUUGUUCAAUCAGAAGCUCUUCGCCUGCGUGCCUUUCAAGCACAUCUGGAUCCUCUCCUCGCUCUUUACCGUGCUGGGUUCGGUGCUCUACGCCCUGGCUGGCUUGAUGAGAUUCAAGUGGACACUCCUGAUCGCCAGGGGUCUCAUGGGCUUCUUCGCUGCCGUCAGCCUCCCCGGCAUCUACGUGUCCCGCACCGUGGGCUUGAACCGGAGGAGUGAGAUCCUCUUCUACUUCUCGGCUUGCCUGACCCUGGGCUGUGCAGUCGGUCCCGCCUUGGCUGCGAUGUUAGAGGUGUCCGUGAAGUUCAUCAAGAUCAACAACCUGGUCCUGGAUUCGGAUACGAUCCCGGGAUGGUUCAUGGCGACUCUCUACCUCCUCUUCACGGUGAAGCUCUUGCUGUUCUUCAAGGAUCUCCCCAGAGAUGCCCCGGCUUUGGUGGCAGCCGAAGGCCGCACUCUCCGGAGCCCGAGGAGUCCGAAGCAACGCCUGAGCUUCGAAAAGGUUCUGGCCGCUUGCGCCUGCUUCUGGCAGCUCUUCGUUGCCAGUGCUGUGACAACCGGCGUGGAGGUCUACGCCAUCAGUAUGACUCGGAGCACCCUUGGCUGGUCGAUUUCCGGCGCUGCCUGGUUUGUGGCCUUGAUCAUGCUGGUCGCAGGCGUGAUCAACCUGAGCCUGGGGAAAGUGAUACGAACAAUGGCUUGUGGUGAUGUGCCUGGCUUGCUUGCGGGCGAGCUUCUCGCUUGCGCCUCUUGUGUCUUCCUCUUCAACUUUGACAUGGACUCGCCAAAUUUGCAGGUAUCACUGUUGACGAUCGGUCUCGUCUCGGUGCUCAUCACACAGGGCUUUGCCCGUGCUUUGGCCUUGAGCAUCUGCUCGAAGAUGGUGCCGACGGAGGCGAUCAACGGCAUCAUGACUUCCGCCGCGAUCUUCAUGGGCCUAGGUCGGGGAGGCGGUGCGAUCGUGUGCUCUGCCCUGAGCCCCGACUCCUUCGCUCCGGUCCUGCUGGCUCUCUUCUCGGUGACCCUCGCUGUUACCGUGGCGACGAGGAAGCACAUGAAGCCAGACAUGAAGGCGAGCUGA